ACAUCGUGAGCCAGCUCGCACUCCAGCUCGGCGUUCAGUGUGGUUCAGACGCUCCGAGCCUCUCAUUCAGUUUCUUUUUAGUUUUGCGCGGACACCCCCCGACACUAAGCAGCCAUGGAUGCCAUCAAGAAGAAGAUGCAGAUGCUCAAGCUCGACAAGGAGAAUGCCUUGGACAGAGCUGAGAAGGCCGAGACAGACAAGAAGGCAGCUGAGGACAGGAGCAAACAGCUUGAUGAUGACCUGCUGGCACUGCAGAAGAAGCUGAAGUCAACUGAGGAUGAGUUGGACAAGUACUCUGAAGCCCUGAAGGACGCCCAGGAGAAACUGGAGGUCGCUGAGAAGAAAGCCACAGAUGCUGAGGCUGAUGUAGCCUCCCUGAACAGGCGUAUCCAGCUGGUCGAGGAGGAGUUGGACCGUGCUCAGGAGCGUCUGUCCACAGCUCUGACCAAGCUGGAGGAGGCUGAGAAGGCUGCUGAUGAGAGUGAGAGAGGCAUGAAGGUUAUUGAGAACAGGGCGAUGAAGGAUGAGGAGAAGAUGGAGCUGCAGGAAAUCCAGCUGAAGGAGGCCAAACACAUUGCUGAGGAGGCUGACCGCAAAUAUGAGGAGGUGGCCCGUAAGUUGGUGAUCAUUGAGAGCGACUUGGAACGUACAGAGGAGCGCGCUGAGAUGUCUGAGAGCAAGUGUGCUGAGCUGGACGAGGAGCUGAAAACCGUGACUAACAACCUGAAGUCUCUGGAGGCUCAGGCAGAGAAGUACUCGCAGAAGGAGGACAAGUACGAGGAGGAGAUCAAGGUUCUCACAGACAAGCUGAAGGAGGCCGAGACCCGUGCUGAGUUUGCUGAGAGAUCUGUCGCCAAGCUUGAGAAGACCAUUGAUGACCUUGAGGAUGAGCUGUAUGCCCAGAAACUGAAGUACAAGGCCAUCAGCGAGGAGCUGGACCACGCCCUGAACGACAUGACUUCCAUCUAAAUGUUUACACCCUUUACUCCAGAAGCUGGUUGAACGUCUUCAUCUCUCAUCCUUUUUCUUUACUGCCCCACCACCACCACCACCACUACUGCACAGUGGGCAGUUGCUGAUAUCAUCCAUUUGUCCACCUCUCAUACAGACCUCUUGAGCCCUAUUACUUUCUGUAAAAUAAACAUUCUUACAUCUAUGUCAGUCCUUCCCCUUUUCUCCUGCCCUGUUUCUUUAUUUCCAUUUGUCCCACCUUUUUUCUUUUUGGAUGCGUCUUCUGUAUUUAUUUAUUUUGUCGAGUAGCUUUUGAAUAAACUCUGAAGCUCCUCUCCCAUUCGCUGCUCCUUUUUCUCUCACAGAUGACUGUAACUUGGUAUAAUUGCAAUUUUUAGGUGGUAAGUGAUCCUUGCAAAAAAGAAGACAGUUGAUGUCAAGCUCAGCUUAAUUCCCUGCAACAAAAUCAUUAAACUUGAAUGUGGAAUAUUCAUUGGUCACCAACUUGUUGGCUUGUUCUAGACUGUAGAGCUCAACAGGGUGAUUCCGGCCGUAAAACUCCCAUUUAUUUUCUAAAUGGAGAUUUUGAUUAUCAACCAUAAUGUUUUUGCCAUCCAAUGUAACCUUACCACAUGCUAUGAGAUUGAACAAUGUUAUAUCCCCUGUAGAAGUCUGUAUGAUAUCAACAGUGUAUUCAAAGUUGUACUACACUGUCACACCUCAAGUGUAAUAGCAAUGUCUGAUUGGUUGAGCUCGCUGUUACUAUGGAAAUGUUUUCCACAAUCGCGGAAAUCAUGUCUGCUACCAUUGGCUAGGUUACUAUAGACUUUACUGCAUACAAGUUCUAUUCUUAAAAAUUACAAGAAUGUUUGGGUAAUAUGAACAUCAGCUUAUUGACAGCUUGUUAGUCCUGUAGGAAAUAACAGGAUAAUUUCUUAAUGUUGUUUAUGAUCUUUAAAUGCAAACUAACACUUGUUUAAUAAUGAACUUCACUGCAGCACUAACUCUUUGUGGUCUGUACUAACCCACCUUCUGUCUCUUUCCCU